AUGGCCCCCACACGCCCUUUCUACAAUGCUCUUUUUAAGAACAACUUCUCCAUGCUCGGUUUCGUCUUUGCGACGGGCUUUGCAUUCGAGCUGGGCUUCAACGGUGCGAUGAACAAGUACUGGGACUACCUGAACCGUGGCCGUCAAUGGAAGGACAUCCGCCACAAGUACGUCGAGGCCGCCGAUGAUGACGAAUAA